GCCGGCGGGGAGGAGAUGCUGCUCCGCGCUCCCAGCGCAGCCCUGCGCGGCCGCUCCGGGCGGAGCUCCGCGCUGCUCGGCUCCGUCGCCGCCCUGCGACCGCGGACGGCGGCUCCGGAGCGGCGGUAACAUGCAUGUGUCACUAGCAGAGGCUCUGGAGGUUCGGGGGGGACCAUUGCAAGAAGAGGAAAUAUGGGCUAUUUUGAAUCAAAGUGCAGAGAGCCUUCAGGAACUAUUCAGAAAAGCUGAUCCUACUGCUCUGGGAUUCAUCAUUUCUCCAUGGUCUCUCCUGUUGCUUCCAUCUGGCAGUGUGUCAUUUACUGAUGAAAAUGUGUCCCAACAAGACCUGCGAGCGUUCACAGCACCAGAGGUUCUGCAGAACUACUCGCUGUCAUCCCUGUCAGAUUUUGAAAAGGUCCACAUCUAUUCUCUUGGUAUGGCACUCUUUUGGGGAGCUGACCACGAAGUACCUCAAAGUCAGCCUAUCAAGCUUGGAGACCAUCUCAACAGCAUCCUCCUGGGCAUGUGUGAAGAUGUCAUUUACGCCCGUGUGUCUGUGAGGACUGUUCUGGAUGCCUGCAGUGCCCACAUAAGGAACAGCAACUGUGCCCCUUCUUUCUCCUAUGUGAAGCAGUUGGUCAGACUGGUUCUGGGAAGCUUGUCUGGGAUGGAUCAGCUGUCUUGUAAUGGAGAUAGAAAAUUGCAGCCAGACAGGAGCCAGGCUAUUCGGGAGAGACUGAGGGGAAAAGGGCUUCCCACAGGAAAAACAUUGACGGUUGAUGCCCCUGAUGGACCCAGAGCUCACUUCUCUCGACAGACCACCCUUAACAAAGGACUUAGCAAGUCUAUGGGAUUUCUGUCCAUUAGAGGAACACGAGAUGAGGAAGAAUUUUUCCAGGGCAUUUCUGCAGAUUACUGUUCGGGUCAGGAAGAUGUUUUCUGUCCUCAUAGGUGUAAAACCAGUGAGCUUCAGAAAAAAGGUCACCUUCACACAGAUGUCCCUCCCAAACGGAAAAUAUGGGCUUCUUCCACAGAUUUGCUUUGCACUACUGACAAGGCAGCUGAGAGGGACCAUGCUGGAGGCCCUCACAGGCACAGCCAUCAGUGUGAAACAUUUACAGUACGGACUUCUACUACCGCCAGGAACAAGGAAGAAAGAUAUUCUGACGGGAGCAUAGCACUGGAUGUCUUUGGACCACAAAAACUGGACCAAACACGCCACAUUCCUGAGACAUCAACUUCUGCAGCAAUAUCAAGUGCCUUUGACAGGAUAAGAGAGAGACAGAAGAAGUUGCAGCUUCUGAGGGAAGCUAUGAAUGUAGAAGAGCCUUUGAGAAGGUACAAAUCUUAUCACAGCGAUGUUUAUAGUACUUCAAGUGAAAGUCCAUCUGUUAUUUCUUCAGAACCAGAUUUCAGGCAAGUGAGAAGAAAUGAAGCUUUCAAGAGAGAUGAUGCCAGUGGUGUGUUAUCGGGUGCUGAUGAUAUCUCCACAUCAAAUCAAGCUAAUUCUCAGAGAACAAGGCAGCAUGAAGCACCAUUUGAAGGCAAACUAAUAAGUCAAGAGGUGAUGCUGAAGCGGCAGGAAGAAGAAAUGAUGCAACUGCAAGCCAGGAUGGCUCUGAGGCAGUCCCGGCCUAACCUCUACCCUGGGGAUGCAUUUAGGUCCUCCAUGCUUGACAUCACCAGAGACCCACUGAGGGAAAUAGCCCUGGAAACAGCCAUGACACAAAGGAAACUGAGGAAUUUCUUUGGCCCAGAGUUUGUGAAAAUGACGAUUGAGCCAUUCAUCUCCUUGGAUCUACCAAAGUCUAUCUUGACUAAGAAAGGCAAGAGUGAUGACACCAGGCGAAAAGUAAAUGUGAUGCUUCUGAGUGGGCAGAAGUUGGAGCUGACCUGUGAUACCAAAACAAUAUGUAAAGAUGUCUUUGAUAUGGUUGUUGCCCAUAUUGGCUUGGUGGAGCAUCACUUCUUUGGAUUGGCUACUUUAAGAGACAAUGAGUUUUUCUUCGUGGAUCCUGACAUAAAGCUAAGUAAAGUAGCUCCAGAAGGAUGGAAAGAAGAACCAAAGAAGAAGAACAAGCCUCCUGUUAACUUCACUCUGUUUUUUCGCAUAAAGUUUUUUGUGGAUGAUGUCAGUCUCAUACAGCACACACUGACAUGUCACCAGUACUACCUGCAGUUGAGGAAGGACAUCCUAGAAGACAGGAUGCACUGUGAUGAUGAGACAGCCUUAUUAUUAGCAUCCCUAGCUCUCCAGGCUGAGUAUGGAGAUUACCAGGCAGAGGUGCACGGCUUGUCCUAUUUCAGACUAGAACACUAUGUCCCAGCAAGAGUGCUGGAGAAACUAGAUCUGUCCUACACCAAGGAAGAGCUGCCAAAACUGCACAGCACUUACGUGGGUGCCUCUGAAAAAGAGACAGAGUUAGAAUUUCUGAAGUUGUGUCAGAGGCUCACAGAAUACGGGGUUCACCUUCAUCAUGUGCUACCUGAGAAGAGAUCCCAAACAGGAAUCCUUCUGGGAGUGUGCUGCAAAGGAGUUGUCAUUUUUGAAGUGCACAAUGGUGCCCGUACACCUGUCCUGCACUUCCCAUGGAGAGAGACAAAGAAAAUAUCCUUUAGUAAGAAGAAAAUAACUUUGCAGAACACAUCAGAUGGCAUCAAGCAUUCCUUUCAGACUGACAAUAGUAAGACUUGCCAGUACCUUUUGCAUCUCUGCUCUUCCCAGCAUAAGUUCCAGCUACAAAUGAGAACCAGACAGAGCAACCAAGACACGCAGGACAUUGAAAGGGCUUCAUUUAGGAGCCUGAACCUUCAUGCAGACUCUGUGAAAGGCUUCAACAUGGGCCGAGCCAUCAGCACUGGCAGCCUGGCCAGCAGCACCCUGAACAGACUCGCUGUCCGACCCCUGUCUGUCCAAGCAGAGAUCCUGAAGAGAUUGUCCUGCUCUGAGCUCUCGCUCUUCCAGCCACUACCUGGCUCGGCAAGGGACAAGAAUGAGAAGAGUCCAUGGGAGGAAAGACCCAGAGUUAUGAGCAAGUCAUUUCAUGAUCUGAGUCAGAGUCACAUCUCUGUUUAUCCCUCGAAGAAAAAUGUUAUUACUGCUCUGGACUCUUCUCCCAAAAAAAUAGAAGAUAUAAUGGGAAGGGUCUUUCAGCAAAUGCCAAAAUUUGAUCCUGGAUCAGCAACGGGAGAAUUAAAGCCAAGCAAUUCAAAAUCUCAUGCAGGUUUAAGUAGAAGCCCUGAAAGAAAGAAAAAUGAAUCAGACUCAUCAUCCAUUGAAGAUACUGGUCAAGCCUAUGUUGUAGGUGUUAGCAUGAAUACUUCAGAAAAUCAUCUGUCAUCAGCAGCAUUAAAAGAGAGUGUUGACUCUCUUCAAACAACACAGAACAGAGUGGCCACACCAGAGAGAGAGAUCACUCUGGUGAAUUUGAAAAAGGAUAAAAAGUUUGGCUUAGGCUUUCAAAUAGUCGGUGGAGAGAAGACAGGGAAACUUGAUCUGGGAAUUUUUAUUCAUUCAGUUAUUCCUGGAGGGCCAGCUGAUUUGGAAGGGACUCUAAAACCAGGGCACCGCCUCAUAUCUAUAAACAGCACGAGUUUGGAAGGCGUCAGCCAGCACGCAGCGUUGGAAAUCCUGGAGAAUGCUCCUGAGGGCGUGACGCUAGUCAUCUCCCAGCCCAAGGACAAGCUGUCCAAAGCAUCAUCUAACACUGCUCAUACCAGCAAUGGAGCCAGGGGCUACUUGAGGAGGCCGUCCUCAGUGCAGGACAAUGAGGCAGAGUCCUCUUCAGAAGAGCACAGCCGGUGCCGUGGUCACCAGAGGCCCGCUUCGAGGAGCCUCUCUGGAUUGUCGGGAGGCAAGCAGGACGGAAGCGUGAGCUCCCAGGACUCCUGGACCGAGAGUGCCAGCCUGUCCCAGAGCCAGGCCGCCAGCUUCUUCGGCAAGCGUGCAAGUGGGAGAGCCCAGCAGGAUGCUCAGCACUGCAGCGAGUCCCAGGCCGGGGCCUCAAAAGCCAUCGAGAAGAGAAGAUCCUCAUCGGACAGUACUCGAGCAAAAAUGAAAAGGCCCGGGGUAGUGGAGCCCGUGGAAUAUUCUGACCGAGGGGAUUCCGACAUGGAUGAAGCAACUUACUCCGGCAGCCAGGAGCAGCAGCCAGCUAAAAAGGAUUCUUCCUCAUCAAAUACAGCAAACAAAGUGAAUUCUAAAAAAGUUUCUACAACGCUUCUUAAACCUGGAGAUAUCUUUGAGGUUGAACUAGCAAAAAAAGAUAACGGCUUGGGAAUAAGUGUCACGGGUGGUGUAAAUACUAGCAUAAGGCAUGGUGGUAUUUAUGUGAAAGCGAUUAUUCCCAAGGGAGCAGCUGAAGCAGAUGGCAGAAUAGAAAAAGGUGACCGUGUGCUCUCUGUCAAUGGGAUUAGUUUGGAAGGAGCUACCCAUAAGCAAGCUGUUGAAACACUGAGAAACACAGGCCAGGUGGUACACCUGCUGUUGGAAAAAGGUCAGCUUUCAGGGGCCAAGGCUCAUGCUCCAGUGACACCACAGUGCACGCUCCCAAGUCAGGUGGGGCAGUGUGAGCCACAGGAGAAGCCAGCGACAGAAUCUUCAAAUGCCAAAGAUUACAGCUUUGUCACUGCAGAGAACACAUUUGAGGUAAAACUCUUGAAGAACAGCUCAGGCCUCGGGUUCAGUUUUUGCCGUGAGGAUAACCUGACCCCAGAGCAGCUGGGAUCAACUAUUGUGAGGGUGAAGAAGCUCUUCCCUGGUCAGCCAGCCGCAGAGAGUGGGCAGAUAGAGAUCGGGGACGUCAUUCUCAAAGUGAACGGGGCAUCACUGAAGGGUCUGUCCCAGCAGGAAGUCAUCUCUGCUCUGAGGGGAACAUCUCCAGAAGUCUCUCUUCUCCUCUGCCGGCCACCAUCUGGAAUACUACCAGACAUCGAUCCUUCAUUGCUGACCCCCAUCCAUUCUCCCCAACAAGUUUUUCCAGAGGUCAGCAGAGAAGUUUCUGGUCCAUCAAACAGAGAACAAGGUGACAGCUCAGAUGAAAAUGAAACUACUGAUAUGAGCAAGAAAAGGCUAAAAUCUCCCUCCAGAAGAGACAGCUACAGUGACAGCAGCAGAAGUGGUGAUGAGGAGAUGAUGGAGUCAGCAGCCCAGGUGGGCCUUGGUUGGAGUUCUGCGCUGUACCAGAGCUCAGGGGAAGCUGAGGCACGGGCACAGAGUCAGUACGAGGCACACCCUGGUCAGAAGGACGCUGUUCGCACCAUCCUCUAUCCUGAUCAGGAGGCUCCCAGCAAGGCAGAGCUGGAGGACAGUGAUCUGCCUUUGGAUUUGCCAGUGAUCCCAACCUGUAGAACUGUACCUGAUGUUACGACAUCCAUGUUAAUAAAUGACUGUUAUGCUACUUCUGUCUCUGAGCUGACUUCACACCUGGGAGAAAUAGAUUCAUUACUCACCCAGCUGGACAAAAAUGCUGAAGAAUAUGAGCCAGAAGUAGAGCUCCAAGUGACUCUGACAAAGUCAGAAAAGGGCAGUCUGGGUUUUACAGUGACCAAAGGUAACGACAGUGUUGGCUGCUACGUUCAUGACAUCGUUCAGGAUCCUGCCAAAAGUGAUGGGAGACUACGGCCUGGAGACCGACUCAUAAAAGUUAAUGACAUUGAUGUCACUAACAUGAGCCAUACUGAUGCAGUCAACUUUCUGCGAGCUGCCCCAAGGACUGUCAGAUUAGUGCUAGGGCGAGUUCUGGAGUUACCAAAGAUGCCAGUGUUGCCUCAUUUGCUGCCUGACAUGACACUGAUGUGCCAUAAGGAGGAGCUAGGUUUGUCAUUAUCAGGAGGCCAUGACAGUGUUUAUCAAGUUGUGUACAUUAGUGACAUUCUCCCCAAAUCGGUUGCUGCCAGAGAGGAGAGUCUCCAUGUACUAGAUAUUAUCCAUUACAUUAAUGGAGUAAGCACACAAGGAAUGACUCUGAAAGAAGCCAAAAGAAUGCUUGAAACAUGCCUUCCAACAGUGGUGCUCAAAGUGACCAGAGAUGGUCAUGCAGUGUUCCCAAAAUCCAAAAGCCCUGAGAACUCAAGUCCAUGGCCAGUGAAAGCUAAUGGUUGUUCCUGUGGUGAUCCCUUUGAUAAAGCAGAGAAGUCAACUAAUGCUUAUGGGCCCAAGGUCAAUGGCAAUGGCAUCCUGGGACCUUCUGAGGGAAAUACAGAAAAUAAUGUCCAUCACACAAAAGCGCUAAUGAACCUCUCAGGAGCAGAAGAUGCACCUUCCCUUGGAUUUACCAAUCAGAUGUCAGAUUUUCCUAAACAUAUUGACAAAUCAGGAACAGAGGCUCCAGAUGAUGAGUAUUAUGAUGAGGAUGACCACAAUGAAAUUGUCCAGUAUCUGUUGGAUGUCGUAGACGAGGAAGCCCAGAAUCUCUUAAAUCAGAAUAAUGCGACUUCAGAGGCUCAAAGUCUUCUACAUCUCAAGAAGGCUGCAUCAGAAAAUCACCUGUCAGUAGAGAUGAAUGGAAGGGUGACAGAAGAUAAGUCUGAGGACACAGACUGUGAUGGGUCAUCUUUACCUGAAGAUUUUUCAGAGGCUACACAUGUAAAUGGUUGUGAAGACUAUUGUGAAGUAAAAGCUGUGCCAGAAAGAUCCCCUCCACAACCUUCCUUGAGCCAGGCAGAUGAGGAGGAGAUCACGUGGGGAAGCGAUGAGCUGCCAAUUGAAUCAGUCAGCCAGGAGCGUGUGAAUAAAGAUUUCCCCCUAGUGACAAAUGAAGAGAUCUCUGCACUCCCUACGGUGAAUGUGCUCCCUGGAGGCAAAUAUUCAGGAGCCAAAUUGAAGUCAGUGAUCAGGAUAUUGCGUGGAUUGCUGGAACAGGGAGUCCCUUCUAAAGAGAUUGAAAACCUUCAGGAGUUAAAACCUCUGGAUCAGUGUUUGGUUGGACAAGCGAAGGAGAACAGGAGAAAGAACAGAUAUAAAAACAUACUUCCUUAUGACACCACCAGAGUCCCUCUCGGGGUUGAAGGUGGAUACAUCAAUGCCAGCUUCAUUCGCAUGCCCGUGGGGAAUGAGGAGUUCGUUUACAUUGCAUGCCAAGGACCUCUUCCUACUACUGUAGCAGAUUUCUGGCAAAUGGUUUGGGAACAAAACUGUACUGUGAUUGCCAUGAUGACUCAGGAGGUCGAGGGAGAAAAGAUAAAGUGUCAGCGUUACUGGCCAGAUGUGCUCAAUAAAACCACCAUGAUAAAUGACAGACUACGCUUGGCUCUUGUGAGACUUCAGCAGCUGAAGGGCUUCAUCAUCAGAGUGCUGGAGCUCGAAGAGAUUCAGACAGGUGAAGUGCGGCACAUUUCCCACCUGAACUUCAUUGCCUGGCCUGACCACGACACCCCCUCGCAGCCAGACGAUCUGCUCACCUUCAUCUCUUACAUGCGGCAGGUCCACAAGGCAGGACCCAUCAUCACCCACUGCAGUGCAGGCAUCGGGAGGUCAGGCACCCUCAUCUGCAUAGACGUGGUCCUGGGGCUCAUCAGCAGAGACCUCGAUUUCGACAUCUCGGACCUGGUGCGCACCAUGCGUCUGCAGAGACACGGAAUGGUUCAGACAGAGGAUCAGUACAUUUUCUGCUAUCAAGUUGUCCUUUAUGUCCUGAACCAACUCCAGGAUGAAGAAAAACAGAGAGACAAAUAAAACACUGAAGAAGUGCAUUUAAAAUAAGGAAGCAAGGAGGUUGAGAGGCUUUGGAGCAUUUUAUUUGUCUUGCCAAUAGUUUUCUAAUCCCUUUCUUCAGUUGCUGUCCAAUGCCUUUUCUAUGAAGUCUUUCCAUCAUUCCAAAUAACGUAUAUAGUUUUAAGGGAAAGGGAUAGCUCAUACAAUACCACUGUUAUCUUCAGCCCCAUGGAUGCCCAUGUGAGAUUUUUGUAUAACAAUAUUUAAUAAAGCUGCAUUUUUUGUAGCUUCCUUAAUAUGUCAUAAAAUACAGAAAUAAAAAUAUUUUAAUUUAAAAAGAAAAGUAAUGAAGAAGAAAAAAAGUAAUUCUAUACUACUUCCUGCAGUUCUGCAACUGCUUUGGGGUAUUUGUUUCUUUCAGGCUGGGGAAGUGGGAGGGAUGAAGCAGUAUUUUUAUCUUGUAAACUUUAUUACAAAGACUUUUUACUAGUCUCUUUUGAAAGCUUGUUCAUGGCACAGAAUUUUUGCCCUUCUAGUACAAUUAGAGCUAUUUUAUAGAGGGUAUCUUGAAAUCAGCAUUAAAGCUUUAAGAGAUGCCUGUUAGCAUAAGGAUAGUAGUGAAUGUUAACUGUAUCACAGUUAAUGUUUACUUCAUAGAAUUUUAUGUAUAUAUUUAUAUACUUUUACACAAAAAAAAGGAUCUGAAUUAUUUGGUGUCUAACCUUAUAAUUGAUUAGGCAUCUCUACUCUGUAAAUAAAAAUAUACCUAAUGUACACUGA